CAGCUGCUGCUCGGUCAUUUAUUAAUCUGUCGGUGAUAAAAGCAGGUGAGAACCCGUAGACUGUCGUCAGAUUCCUGCAGCAGAACUCAGGAAAACUCCAGCUGACAAACAUCACAGUUUACAUCCCAGCAGCAGCACAACUCUGGCUAUGAAGCUGCUGUCAGCUCUUCUCCUCCUGCUGGUUCCUCUGUUGGCCAGCAGUCAACGGGACUGCAGCAGCAUUUUUCGUCGGUAUCCCAACAGUCCCAGUGGAGUUUACACCAUCUAUCCCACUGACUCCACACCUGGUAUCCAGGUUUACUGUGACAUGGACUCACAUGGAGGAAGAUGGACCGUGUUCCAGAGAAGGAUGGACGGCACGGUAAACUUCUACAGGAACUGGAAUGACUACAAGUUGGGCUUUGGGAACGCAGAUGGAGAGUACUGGCUUGGUCUGGAGAACGUCUACGUCCUCACUCAGCACCAACAGUAUGAGCUGAUAGUGGACAUGGAGGACUUUGAAGGAAACAAGGUGUACGCUCGUUACACCUCGUUCAGUGUGGGUUCUGAGUCCGAUGGGUAUUCUCUACACGUGGGUGAUUACAUCGAUGGAGGAGCAGGAAACACUCUGAAACGUCAUAAUGGACAAGGGUGGCAGACUUUUGACCGUUAUCUGCACACCGGGCUUUUCAACUGUGCACAGUCAUUUCUAGGAGCUUUCUGGUACUGGAGGUGCUACUAUGGAAACCCAAACGGGGUCUACAUCUGGGGCGCUAAUGGAUCUGAAUAUGUUGGAGUUGGAGUAAUCUGGAACGACUGGAAGGUCCAGUACAAUCAGCCCGACUAUUCCCUGAAGGCCAUCAGCAUGAAGAUCCGCCCUGUUUAGUAAAUCAGUAGCUCAAAACUCCAGCAGGAAGCUGCCGAAUCCAACAUGAAUAUUUGGCAAUAAAGGCUGAACAGAUCA